UGAUGUUCCGGAUGUUCACACUUCAGGGUGUUGUGUCGGCAUCCGCAUCUUGUCUUGACUUAAGUUUUGUGAUUAGCUGCUAUGAGUGACUUUUAUAUUAAACCAGGGAAUCAGGAGAGGGGAUGGAAUGACCCUCCACAGUUCUCAUACGGCUUGCAGACCAACACUGGUGGACAGAAACGGAAUCUUCUCAACAAGAGGGUUCCUCCACCUCAACUUUCAGCUCAGAGUCCCGGAGCGGGGUUACAUCCCUCUCCAGUCGAUAAUUCAACUCCUCCAAGUAAUUCAGUUCCUCCUCCUGUAACUGGACUCACUCCACCUCCUAAGAGUCACGUUUCUUCAGGUGGUAUAGAAGAUUCGCGUCAGUGUUCUCCGAAGAUCCAGCCUGACUCGACUGUACAACUGGAGAAUGAGCCAAACCUUAACAGUGUUCAAGCACCACUUCUCUGUGCGCUGACCGCAUGCCGGCAAACCGUUAAGAAACAGGUGUGUGAUGAUGUUGAGAGGCGACUGAAGAUCUUUGAAGAGAUGUGGAGAAGUGGGAAACUCUCUCUUCCGGUCAAAUGUAGGAUGAAUGGACUUUCCCAAGAGCUGAGCAAUAAGAAUUGGGACAAAGCAGACGAGAUCCACCGAGCCCUGAUUGUGGACUACGUUAACGAAGUGAGCCAGUGGAUGGUGGGUGUCAAGCGUCUCAUUGCAGAAACUCGAAACCUGAAUCCAGAGCUGCUGCCCACAGACGUGACGACUCAAAGCGAGGCCUCUGCUGGUCAAUGAGGAUGUGUUCGAGGCUUUCCUCCAUUUCUUCUGAGCCUUACUGCUUACAGGACACUACUCAUUAAACCCUUUUUUCCAGAACUGCUGUGAUUACGGGAGGGAGAUUUUGUGUUAAUGCUGCAAUACUGCAGUGCUGUUAAUAAUAUAAUAACAGUGUAUGAUAUUCUGAUCAUUUUAUUGCUCUUUAUAUCAAUGAUUAUAUAUGCAGAACGUGAACUGAAUGACGGUUAAUGACGGUGAAGGAUGUUAUGGUUUUAAUGGACUUUAUGAAUGUAGGGAUGUAUGACUACUUAUUGUGUAAGUAAAGGCAAAUCUACUGUCUAAUCAAAUUAAAUUGCAAUACCUUGAAUUAUGACAACAUUUUUUUCUAUGCAACCACAUCUUUCAAUAUAUAUUUUGUUUACUUUAAAUUCCCCCAACCUGUGCGUUGGGGUGGCACGACUGUUUCUACAGCAUUUUCCAUCCUUUAUUCAAGUUGUUGGAUAUGUAAUGUAUAAAUAAAUUACUGUAUACCGAAA